CGGAGUUGCGAGUUGGAGAAAGCGGCGGGAAGUUCGUACUGAAGAGAAGGCGACGGGUCUGCGGCUCGGGGGAAAAUUUAUGACUAGGCAUCCAGUGUGUAACAGCUUUAUACAGCAUUGCCAUUUUCCAGUUUGGGUGUGAUGAAUUCAUAGAACUCACCAAGGAAAUUACCUGAAAAGGAACAAAGAGAUUGAGAAACAGAGGUUUCAUAUUCUCUAAAACUGGGGGACUUCUGUCACCCUGAACCAGAACAUAAGAGGGGCUGCCAAAUGCAGUGAAGGUCAGUGAAAAUGCCUCGUGUUAAAGCAGCUCAAGCUGCAAGGCAGGGCCCUGCAAAGAGACGUCUUGCAGAACAGUUUGCAGUUGGGGAGAUAAUCACCGACUUGUCAAGAAAGGAAUGGAAACUAGGAUCACCCAUUGGCCAAGGUGGCUUUGGUUGUAUAUAUCUCGCUGAUACGAAUUCUUCAAAAUCGGUGGGCAGCGAUGCACCCUGUGUUGUAAAAGUGGAACCCAGUGAGAAUGGACCUCUUUUUACUGAAUUAAAGUUCUACCAGCGAGCUGCCAAACCAGAGCAAAUUCAGAAAUGGAUUCAGACCCAUAAACUGAAGUACCUGGGUGUCCCUAAGUAUUGGGGGUCUGGUCUACAUGAUAAAAAUGGAAAAAGUUACAGGUUUAUGAUAAUAGAUCGCUUUGGGAGUGACCUUCAGAAAAUAUAUGAAGCAAAUGCCAAAAGGUUUUCUCGGAAAACUGUCUUGCAGCUAAGCUUAAGAAUUCUGGAUAUUCUGGAAUAUAUUCACGAGCACGAGUAUGUACACGGAGAUAUCAAGGCCUCAAAUCUUCUUCUGAGCUGCAAGAAUCCUGACCAGGUGUACUUGGUAGAUUAUGGCCUUGCUUAUCGAUACUGCCCAGACGGAGUCCAUAAAGAAUACAAAGAAGACCCCAGAAGAUGUCACGAUGGCACCCUUGAAUUCACCAGCAUCGACGCGCACAAUGGUGUGGCCCCAUCGAGACGUGGUGACUUGGAAAUACUCGGUUAUUGUAUGAUCCAGUGGCUUAGCGGCCAUCUUCCUUGGGAGGAUAAUUUGAAAGAUCCUAAGUAUGUUAGAGAUUCCAAAAUUAGAUACAGAGAAAAUAUUGCAGCUUUGAUGGACAAAUGUUUUCCUGAGAUAAACAAGCCAGAUGAAAUUGCUAAAUACAUGGAAACAGUGAAAUCACUGGACUACGUUGAAAAACCUCGAUAUCAAAAUUUGCGAGAUAUUCUUUUGCAAGGACUAAAAUCUAUAGGAUGUAAAGAUGAUGGCAAACUGGAACUCCGCGCUGUGGAGAAUGGAGGUUUGAAAGUGAAAACUGUAUCAAAGAAGCGAAAGAAAGAAAUUGAGGAAAGUACAGAAUCUAGUGUUGAAGAGAUGGAAUGGUCAGAUGCGCAGACAGAAACAACCAUACAAACCCGUUCCAAAACCAGAAGAAGGGUCCAGAAGUAAAUCAAUUGCUGUGAACCAGUUUUUCUUUUCUUUCUUUCAUUGGAUUUUUUUCCCUCUUUUUCUAUUUUGUUUUUGUGUGAGUCUUGUGGGUGGGGGUAACGGUGAAAUACCUAUAGCUUUGAAAAACAAACUUUUUUAUUAAAAUAAAUACUUUGUACAAUUUAUUAGAGGCUAAUUUAUAAAAUUACAAAAUCCUUAGGUUAUAUACUCUUUAAGCUAUCCCACGCUGUAUGUGACAGAUUCUGGAGUACUUACAAGAAAAAUUAUUACGAUGUGCACUUUUUAAUGGUCGUAUAUUUCUCAGAGUAUAUAAAAUGACAAAGUUCUUACUUUUAAGGAAAUACAAAACUUAAAAUAAAGGGUUCUUUUGUGGCCAUAAGAUUUGGUUU